CAUUGUCAGCCUAAAAAUAAAAUAGAAAAUCUUCAUGCUCUUCGCCCCAGAAAAUGUGGCAUCUCCCGUAUCGAUAUUUCCAAGCAUCUCCUAAGGAAAGGGUAUUUCGAUUUAUAGCCUGGGAUCCCAGCCGGAGAUGCUGUAUCUCCUGUAGAGACGCAGCAACGCGCGAUAAAUGUUUUUUUUUAGCAAGGACCCCGGCGGAAAAUGCUGCAUCUUCCUGCACAUCUUCAGCUUCCCCAAUUUCCUGAGUGUGUGAUACUGCAGCGCAGUCAAUGAACCAUCGUAUGGCAAACUAUCCUACGAAGGCUAACUCUCCAAAACGUUAAUUUCUAUUAGCUCUUGAUCUACUAAUGUAGUUUUGAGGGAAAUGAAGUUCGGUUUUGGAUUCCUUCCUCUAAAAACCGAUGUUUAAUUAUGAUAGAACAUCGAACAAGCGCUUUUUCAACUGAGAAAUAUGAUUUGGAUUUUUCAUCAUUCAGAUCGUAGGCAAAUCGAUCAAAAAUAUCCAUUCUUCAAGCUAUCCGUUCGGGAUUGAGAAUGACUUUAUUUCAUUGUUUAGCAACGUGAAGAAUAGAAAUAUGCUUUUGCUUAUAUCUAUACAGAACAAAUAGUUAAAAAUAGAGAAGAGACUUGACACAAAUGGCAUUACAUGUUAAGUCCAGUAGUUCAGUGGGUUAAUGUAGCAAACUGACACUGAAACCCAAACACAAUACCCAAACCCAAACCCAAACCGUUGGGUUUGGUGCAUGCCUAAUUGUAAGUGUUCACUUUUCACUGAUAAUUAUUGAUUUUGAAAUUCAAUUUCAGUCCAGUCAUUGUCGUGCUGCGCUUAUGUCUUCGACAAGUGUCGUUCAAUUUAAACAAAUAUUCAAUCCAUUCGAACAUUCUCAUUUCUCAUUAUAGCUGAAAUGUUUAGCUCGAAUUAAAUUUGAACAUGAACAAACAUUUCCUUAUGUUCGUCGUUGUUAUUAUUUUAUCUUUAUUCCAACUAGUUUUUGGCCACGUUUAUCAACACGUUUAAUUGGUGAUACACAAUUACAAAAAGAAUUAACAAAAAUUUUGUUUUGCUGA